CCAAUUUAUUUAUCUGUUCGUCAAAACAGUUUUGACUCAAAAUCUGUCGCUACUUUUUUUUGUCAUUAUUAUUAAUGCAAACAUUUUAAUUUGAGUUCUGUAACAUAUUUGUCUAAAUAUUUAUAAAAAGUUGGUUCGUGGGUUGGUUGAAUGGAAUUAUAAAAGUAUGGUAUUGUCCACGUUGAAUUAGAUUAUAUUAUUAUAAUAAUAGUAACUUGAGACAUGUGUGCUUCGAAAGUGAAUUAAACAAGCAAGCAAAGUGAGCAGAUGAGACAAGUCUGAACCUGAGUCCAACUGUUUGGAUAGCGAGAGUCUCACAGUUAAACAAAUCUUGUCAACGUUUCUUCUUCGUCUCAUCGUUCGAAAUAACUUCUGGUUACACGUUAUCAUAAGCUGAUAAGAUGGAUAAGAGUGACGAAAGAGGUGGAGAAGAGUCAGCCGUGCUGAAAUUGAUAAGCAACCCUUUACCGGCAGUAAUUCCAUUGGGAAUGAAACGCGUGGUGGUGGGACGAUCGCCCACUUGUGACAUCGUCCUCAACCUUCCUGAAAUUUCAGCACAACAUUGCUACUUGGAGUUUAACGACAACAGAUGGUUUAUAAAAGACAUUAGUUUGAACGGAGUUUGGGUGGGAGGUGAGAAAUUGGAUAAAAACAAACCACGACUUCUUAAUCAUCGAGAUUUGAUAAAAUUCGGUCCGAAACUAAUCUAUCGUUUCAACAAUAACCAAACGAAGGAAAAUGUUGCUGAAGGGACGGUCUUUCUAGAGGAAAGGUGGUGGAACGAGAACGAGCUGGGAGGGCGUUGUUUCAUUAUGGGGAGGUGGUGGAAAAAUCUCCAAGAAUGGCUGGACGAGACAAACCAAAAAUUAGAAUAUAAUGGUCCUCAAUCGCCGCAAGCUGCCGAGGACGUUUCUGAACGAAUGGAAGAAGAGAGCAAUAUAUCCUUAGAAAUUGAACAACCUGUUGCAAAGAUAGCUCGAUUUGAGGACAGUGUUGAUGUUGGUGGCGCAGAUACAUACAUCAAAAGACGACUCUUCUGCUGGCUGGCUAAACCACAUCCUACUCCUAUCUCGACAUGGAAGCCACCAACCCAGGGACUUGGAAAAUUGUUCUGUUACAUAAGGGAUCAAUUGAAAUCCAAGGGUUGGAGAGGAAAAGAAGAAGAUAUGAAAUUGAGCGCAGAGUACAAAGAAUGGUUAAGGACCUUAACAGGAAUUAAAGCAUAUCAACAAAAUCUGAAGGAUGUGGAUCUGAAUUUCAACGGGAUGCCAAUCUUCGUAUAUCUUUAUGAAGGCGAAUUAUUUUACGCUAUUGGAAAAUUGAAAAAAGGAAUCGAUCCAAAAAUUGGAAGUACAUCAACAAUAAUUAGAAAUAACUACGAGGUGAACAGUAGUGAUUGGGGUUCUGUUUGUCAUGAUUGUCGUUGUUGGAAAAAAAGCACGACAAAGAGGAAAUGCGAAGAACACGGUGAGCGGAAUCAAGAACUAUUUUUAGUCAUCGAUAGACACAACAAAGACAAAGUGGUUCUCAUGUUGUUUAACACACGGCCCCGAUCCUCUGAUCAUGAUCAAAAAAGUUUAAACGAAAACAUUCAUUCUGCGGAAGUUCUACAAAGUCGAUCUCUUCGGGAUUACAUGACGGAAAGAGGAGUCCCUGAAUUCAUUCCAAAAGUCAAACGUUUAAAUCAGUACAAAGCCAUGAAAUACACUGACAAGAAGAUCCAACAGUUGGAGGAAAAGUACUGGGAAGAUCGAUUGUCGAAAGUUGAAUUAGAAGUUUUGGAAAAAUGGAAGCUUCCGAAUUCGAAAAAGGAUGUGUAUAACCAAAUAUAUGACACCGUCCAGGUAUUUAUAUUGAAUUUAAUAUUUAUAGUUUUCAAUAGUUUAGUUUAUUUUGAUUAUUUCUUUAAAGGUGGCAGUUUCAAUCCUUGUCUCCACCCACAACACGAAAUAUCCUAACAGAAAGAAGUUCCAACUCCUGCAGAAAGAAAUCGAAUUCAAACAUAUGUCUUUCCAACUUUUGGAGAAGAUUCUUAGUUACAACAAUUUUAACAUCAUCGUUACGAAUGAAACGAUUUAUGCUAAACUUAACCG